CAUCAGCAGCACCGCCGCUCCUUCCUCCAGUCGACUCCAGCAGCCAUGCCGGCUUUCGUGGUCUCCACCAACGUCCCGCGGGACGCGCUGCCCGAGGGGCUGCUGGCCGAGCUCACCGAGGAGCUGGCCAAGGCCACGGGCAAGCCGGCGCAGUACGUCUCCGUGCAGGUGAACCCGGACCAGGUGAUGUCCUUCGGGGGCUCCAGCGCGCCCUGCGCCAUCUGCAGCCUCCACAGCAUCGGCAAAAUCAGCGCGCCGCAGAACAAGGCCUACAGCGCCAUGCUGAGCGCGCUCCUGGCCAAGCGCCUGCGCGUGCCCGCCGACAGGGUCUACAUCAACUUCUACGACAUGGCCCCGGCCAACGUGGGAUGGAACGGCUCCACCUUCGCGUAGCGGCGCCGUCGCGGCCGCCCGGGGGAGCGGAGCGGGG